UUUUUUAGAGAUUCGCUUGUCGAUCUGUAUAUCUGUAUACCAUCUACGUCAAAUCAAAUUCAUCCGAUAUAAAAGCGUGAUACGCAUCUUUAUUUAUGAAAACUUUUUGUAGGCUUUCUGUAGGUUUAAUUUAAAUGGAUUCGUAUGAAAGUUCUAGCUCGGUACCAAACUUAGACGGAGACUACGAAGAGGUUGAUUUUGACCAGGAGGUGCAAACACCUCCUCCAUUAGAUUUAUAUGGCGUCCUUAGCGUUCCUAAAGAGGCAACCGAAGAAGAAAUUAAAGACGCUUAUAAACGGUUAUGUAGAACUUUUCACCCAGAUAAACAUAUAAAUCCGGAAAAUAAGAAAGCAGCGGAAACGAAAUUUCAAGUUAUUCAAAAAGCUUACGAAGUCCUUACGGAUCCGAAUAAAAGAAUAGUAUAUGAUAUGUUUGGUGAAGAAGGAUUAAGUACUUCUUGGGAGGUUGGGCCUCGCUUGAAGACUCCACAAGAGCUUAGAGAAGAAUUCGAAAGACAGGCCAGAUUAAAAAGGCAACAAGAAGUCGAAAAUAUGGUCAAAGCAAAGGGAGAUCUUCAAUUAAUCAUAGACGCAACACAAGUGUUUGAUCCUUAUGAUAGCAGAAGUCGUCAAAGCAAUCGAUUCUCUAUACUUAAUAUACAGAAUAUUUUUGAGAAUGCUGAAGUAAAACAGCUUAGCAUGAAACAUUCCUUUGAAACUCAAUUACGACCACAAACUCAAGCAGUAGUAGUUGGCCAAACUAUUCUACGUAAUGGAAUAGGUGGUGGUAAUAUUAUCGGGACAUUACGGCAUUCAUUUUCACCAAAAGUUUGGGCUGAAGUCGGAUCUUCUAUAGUUCAGCCUAGAAUUGUGACUGCAAAGGCUUCAUAUAGUAUCGAUGCAGACAGUUUUGUCAUUGUCUCAGGUCACAUAGAUUCUAUUUACUCUCCACCAAAUUUGGUAUUUACAGGUGGUCGUGUAUUAGGGAAAAAUGUUACCGGUUAUCUCACUUAUAAAACUGGAGCAUGGUCGUUAGGCCCUUGGGGGAAACAUGGAUUGUAUUCCAGACGUGAAAAGUCAGCGGUUGCUAUAAGUAUUAAUGGCUCUUUUGAAAGGUCAGGAUACAAUUUUGAAAUACAGACAGGACUUGCACAAAUUUAUAUUUCAUUUAAUUAUAAUCAUAAACUUUUUAAUGAUUAUCUAGUUAAAACAUCAGCUACAUUAUCAACUUCUAGUGGUUUGACAGCAGUUUUAUUAGGUGAACGUAAAGUCACGGAAUAUACGAAAGCUUCUUUUGCAAUUGAAUGUGGAAUUCCCCACGGAGUAACUUUUAAAUGCAGAUUAUCUCGGUUAGGACAAAGAAUCACUAUACCAAUUCUGAUUUCACCGGAAUUUAACUAUAAAAUAAUUCUUUGGGGCACCAUUCUACCAAUUAUAACAAUUACCGCAGUUGAGCAAAUCAUAUUAAUGCCUAGACGACAAAAGAAGAAGGCCGAGAAAUUGGCAGCUCUCCGGGAGCUUCAUGCAGAAUACAUAGAAAAUCGUAAGAAGGAAGCGAUAGAAGCCAUUCGUCUUCUACUGCCUUCAGUGGAACGCAAGAUAGAAACGGAAAAAGUAAAGGAUGGCUUAGUUAUUCUAGAAGCUUGGUAUGGCAAUAUCUCAAGUUUAAGAGACGUCCCCUUAAACGAAAAAAAAGACGUUGCUGAUGUGAGAGUACCAGUUCAAGCUCUUGUACAUGAUUCACAAUUAACUAUUCCGGGAGGAUACUCAAAGUCAAAUAUCAUGGGAUUUUACGAUCCAUGUAUGGGAGAACCUAAGCAAUUAAAAAUCAAGUAUCAAUUUCAACGUAAAUUUCAUGAAGUCAUAGUGGAUGAUACAGCGCCUGUCGCGUGUCCUUUAAGAUCUCAUAUUAUAUCAAUUCAUUAACACUGCAAUAAAAUAUUUAUAAUAACGAACAUAAUUUCUAUAUUAUUUUAAAUAUAUAAAAUAUAUGCAUCUUAAACUUGCAAUAAUAAAACGUGAUUUUUUUUUUU